GAAGCUCUUAUGUAGAGUGCGUGAUUAACUAACGCCUGGCUAAACUCGACAGCAACCUAUUGCAGUCGGAGAAUGUUUUGAGGCCUCAGGUUAACCCAAAUAUUUCUCGAGGAAAAACAUUAUUUGCAAGAGCUACACAUUUGGAUAUUACAUUUUUUUUGCCAGUAACAGGUAGCUGACUGGUCGUUGAAAUGGGGUGCUUCUUCUCUAAAAAAUCUAGGAGAAAAUCUCCUGAUAAGGAGCCUGCUCUGACGAAUAUAGAAGAGGACGCAACCAAUAUUACUGCGACUAGCACCGAGGUUAAUGACACUGCUUUAAGUACCAACAAUACAGAAGAGGCACCAAAACAAUAUAGCUGGGAUAAACGACCAAAGGUUGAUCCUAAAGAUUUCAUGCUGACUGGCCUCAAGGAUGUCACAGUGGGCCGCUUGCCAGGCAAGCUGAAUGGGCAACAGUUUGUCAUCCAAGAAUGUGAAAACUGCAACAUCUACGUGUUCGACCACUCGGCCACCAUCACAAUUGAUGACUGUGUGAACUGCAGGAUAAUGCUUGGACCAGUGAAGGGCAGUGUGUUUUUCAGAGACUGCAAAGACAUUAAGUGCGUAGUCGCAUGCCAGCAGUUCCGUACUCGAGACUGCAAGAAGAUGGACGUGUUUCUGUGUUGUGCCACACAGCCUAUCAUAGAGUCCUCCACAGGAAUGAAAUUUGCCUGCUACCAGUACUACUAUCCCGAUCUGGCCUUCCACUUCAAAGAUGCCGGCCUGAGCAUCUUUAAUAAUAACUGGAGCAACAUCCAUGAUUUCACCCCAGUUUCUGGGGAAACCAACUGGAGCCUGUUGUCAGAGGAUGUAGCUGUCCUGGACCAUGUUCCCCUGCCAGACUCAGAAUCCGAGUUUAAGUCCAUUCGAAUCUCUACUGAAGUAGGGCGGAGCAUUGUCCCACUAACCAAAGGAGGCAGGCGCAAGGGCAGUGAUGAGUCUUGUCUUUUUGUCUUCUUCGCUGGAGACUACACCACUGCCAAUGCACGAAAACUCAUUGAUGAGGCAACUGGAAAGGGCUUUGUGCUGGUACAAACCAAAGAAGUGUCCAUGCGCCCUGAGGAUGUAAGCCGAGUGUUUGGAGAUCACUCUGAGGGACUGCUAGAGUGGGUUGCCAAGGGUGCAGUUGUUGCUCUGGAGUUUAACGGAGAUGGUGUGGUGGAGACCUGCCGUAACAUUGCCAAUGAUGUCUUCAAUGGUUCCAAGGUGUUUGUCUCUGAAGACAAGGAUACAUCCUGCCGAGAUGUGGACAACUUUUUCAACUUUGCAGACAUGCAAAUGGGAUUGUGAGACACAGGGACAAAAUAACACAGCACAUGGAUGUAGGUUUUUUUUUAAUGAUCAUUUGUUUCGUAACCGUCCUCUUUUUACUGGCAGUAUUGUGAAUUGAGUUGUAGACAGUCAACUUAAUUUUUCAACAAUCACUUAUGUCUUGUCAAAACCACUAUUUACCUUUGCAGAUGAGACUAUUUAUUGAAUGUAUGUCACUCUAUGUGUGUUGACUUCAUACCAUGCUCUAUGUGAUUCACUGUGGUAUCACUGCAUUUCCUUUGAUGGCAAACAGAGACAAGCACACAAGACAAUCGGAUUUUAGUUAUUUUGUUAUAUUGAAUGUGAUUCCCCCCCCCCCAUAAUUGUCUCUAGGUAUUUAUUUAAUAGAGCUGAAGUAGGAGACAACAGACAAAUGUUAGUAAACAAUAUAUGGAUUUUACAUUAAUGACACAUUUUCUAAGAUUUUUCUAUAGUUGAUUGAGAUGUAUAUAUUGAGAUGUAGCUGUUGAUAAUGUUUCAGUCUUUGUAAAUGUCUUAUUUUGUAUUUACAAUGUCCAGUACGUCCACAACUCAUCUUUACCGUUUUGUUGAUGUUGAUAGCUGUGAUGAAACAACUUAAAACAAACAAACAAAAACAGUUGCACUAAAGUGAUUUUUCCCUCUUGGUUUCUAUGAAUCUGUGAAUUUCCGAAUUGUUAAGAGUGCACUGAUCUUUCCUGUGACCAAAAAAAAAAGUGCAGCAUUUGUACAUGUGUCAAAACCAGGUUAAACCAUGUGCUUUUUGUACUGCUGAAUGUCUGUUUUCAUAUUUAUGUUUAAACAAUUUUAUAGAGCUGAUUAUAACAUCAUAUUACAAUAUACUCUUGUGAAAAACUG